UUAUCAGUUUCGUUUUGCCUUUCGCAUUCGCUGAAAGACUUUCCCACUCGAGAAGAUGGAAAUUCGGUGAAAGAUUUCAGUAGAAACAGUUGUCGUUCAGCCUCCAAGUGGUCUGAAGGUGUACACAACAUCGGCGACCUUGGGUACACCUCUUAGCCGGUCCAAGCUCUCCAACUUUGAUGUGUGUAGCAUGUAUGAUGCCAGUUGAAGCGCACACUGGGUCAACAGUUUAUUGUGGCACUAAUUAGAAAAUAUAUAGAGAUAAGCCUUGAUGGCUGAAAUUGUCUGUUGGGGAAGGUGUUGGUAGAAUCCUUGCGGGCCAUGUCCAGGCGUUAAGUGUUCAGUGCGAUUGAUAGUGGGAUACAUGUUGAAAGGACUCUGUUUCAGUCCGUAGUAUCUUGUAUCUGAAGUGAACGGGCAAGAAGAAGAUAGUGUUGUGCAAGUGAUUUGGGUUUAAGUUGUUUCGUGAGAUAGUUGCACUGAAGAGUGUGCAACUGUAAGAUGUGCAUGCAACGAUGCAUAGUGAGAUUUAGAGCUUCGAUAGUGUUUGGAUGCAGAGUGGACUUCGAUUAAGUGCGUCAAGUCUUUUCAGACAAGGUUCCUGGUUUGAUAAAUCCCCAGAAACUUGAACUCUUCCCAACAGCAGUAUUCCGGGGCUAUAAAAGUUGCUGUCGCCUACGUAGUGUUUUGAGUAAUUAGAAAUUGUAAAAAAAUCACAAAAACAGCUUAUUCAGGCGACCGUUAUAAUAGCGAUGGUCUAAUAUUGAUACUUCAAGAUAUCAACUUUAUAGCCGAGCACUUUUAUGUCAUCAAUUUGAUAAAAGUAAAGAUCUGAGCUGAAUUCCCUACUGGAGCGGUGCUGCUUCCAUUGCUGGUUGGCCUUUCUCUUAGCAGAGUAGCUCCUUGUGGAGGCAGAAGAUUUAACGCUACAAUGACUACAACGAUAACGACAACAAGCACGUCUGCUGAACCAACACCAGAUCCUUUGUAUCAACGGGAGCUCGAGUGUGUGCAAAAGUUAAAUGGGAGUACAUCAACUUUAGAGGCUGGCACAUAUUGUCCGGGCACGUGGGAUGGAUGGACCUGUUGGCCAGACACUCUGGCCGGCACUUCCGAAUACGCACCUUGUCCGGAUUUCGUGACCGGAUUCGACCCAGCUCGAUACGCGCACAAGGAGUGCAUGACGAAUGGAGAAUGGUUUCGGCAUCCGCUCACCAACAAGACCUGGUCAAAUUACACGACCUGCGUAAAUUUGGACGACUUGGAGUGGAGGCAGAAAGUAAACUUAAUCUACGAAACAGGCUAUUGUAUAUCGCUUAUUGCUAUCUUGCUGUCCUUAGCCAUUCUAGGAUAUUUCAGGUCACUUAAAUGUGCAAGGAUUACGCUGCACAUGAACUUAUUCGCAUCGUUCGCUGCCAACAACUCGUUAUGGCUCCUGUGGUAUAAAGUCAUGAGUGAUCCGGAAGUUACGAAUGAGCCAGGCUGUGUGGCACUGCAUAUAAUUCUGCACUACUUCCUUCUCACGAACUACGCGUGGAUGCUAUGCGAAGGAUUCUAUUUGCAUACGGUCCUGGUGUCAGCAUUCAUUUCCGAACAGAAACUGGUGAAGUGGCUGAUUGGUUUCGGCUGGAGUUCGCCGGCUAUUGUAAUCCUGACGUAUGCGUUGUCGAGAGGAUUGGACAGCAGCCAAGGCGCUACAAUGCAAUGCUGGAUGAACGAUAGUCCUUAUAUGACCAUUUUGAUUGUGCCUGUAUGUACUUCGAUGCUCUUAAACUUACUGUUCCUCUGCAACAUUGUACGAGUAUUGCUGUUGAAGUUGAAAGCACCGGCCGGACCGCAAGGAACUGGUCCUUCGCGAACAAUUGUUCAGGCUGUGAGAGCAACUCUCCUCCUAGUUCCACUACUCGGUUUACAAUACAUCCUCACACCAUUCCGACCAGAGCCCGGUCAUCCUUGGGAACAUGCCUACGAAGUCCUGUCAGCAUUUACAGCCUCAUUCCAGGGUCUAUGCGUAGCCACACUAUUUUGCUUUUGCAAUGGCGAAGUAAUCGCCCAAGUCAAAAGAAAAUGGAGGACUGUUUUUCUUAGCCAUCGACCAAGGUCUAAUUCGUAUACAGCGACGCAGGUUUCGCCGCUACGUUUACAGUUCGUACGAUGUGGUCCGCCUGUUCCUGGCGAGGAGAAAGUGUGACUAAAGGAAAAUCCAACAUCAGCAAGACGCAACUCCAGCAUAGUAUCAUCUUCUAGGAGCAGUUCCAAGACUGGUAGCGGUUUAGGUGCAAGAAUGUUACGUCGUAAAACCAUCGAUAACUCAAGAAUCCGUCAACCUCUCAUGGAGGAGGUAGCAUUAACUGAAUCCAGUACUUCGCCCAAAAACACUAACGCAGUAGGCGUUGAUCGUCCUUUGGCAAGUGCAACAAGUAGCAUAAAGAAUGGUGUCACAGUUACUACGACAACUACAUCCAACGACUUUGAAUCUAAUUUAGUGGCUGAUGAAGCUUUAUAGAAAGUUCCAGAUUAGGAAUAGAUGAAUAUAAUACGAUAAAUUAAUUUUUUCAAGCGCUGUCCCAGUUUUAGAUGAAAGGCCACCCCAAUUUCCGGCCGUCUAUUCACCCCAAGUUUCACAGGCUGUCGCCGCACCAGCUUACAUUUCAGGAGUCCCGACGAACUCAGUUUAGAUAAAGCGUCAUAUGUUUAGCCGUUAGUCCUGCUAAGUGUUAGAUAGUUAAUUUAACUCGCCUGGUUUUUCCUGGAGGAGGAAAAUCAAUUUAUUACGGGUCACUGCAUGCGAGGGCGGAUUAUUUAUGUAAGUGCUACGAAUUCGGUUUUUGCUUUUUAUGUAUUUGCAUAAGUCCAAGCCAUAUAGUUACCCUUACACAUAUAUAUCGCACAUCGUACCACAUACCAAUGUAUAUUUAUACGAGGAGAGAGGGGAGAGUAGCCUUCUAAGGAUAUGAACAAUGAAAUAUUAAUUAUAAGUGGAUUAAACUUGUGCUGCGCCAUUACUACAUACUUCCAUAAUUAAAGUAAAAGAUGACACUUAAGAUAUCGUAAAAUGGAAUCAACAAAAUAACGACUGGCUCUGUGAGCUUUUUGGAUAUUCUUUUUGUAGGAAUAAUUUUACAUUUAGGGAUAAAAACAGUGAAAAUGUCUUUUACUAGAUUUAAGUCCUGCCCGUGCUGCAUUGUUCGCGAGAAAUGAAUUUAUAUUGCAAGGAAUCGCUAGGAAAAAUGGUUACUCUACUAAUACUGAAACUGAAAAGUGACUGUUAUUUUUGCAGUUAUUGUUAAAUCGUAAGCUCCAUGUGUAAAACUACUAUUGUACUGUUGUAAAUAUGAAUAGGCGUAUUUUUGUUAU